CAUCCCCGCCCCUUCCGGCCUCGCAUGGCGCCGUCUCUUCCGCUGCGGGGAGUAAUAUGGGGACAAUACAUCUGUUCCGUAAAUCACAGAGAUCAUUGGUUGGAAAGUUAACACAUGAAUUUAGGUUGGUUGCAGCAGAUAGAAGGUCCUGGAAGAUUUUGCUGUUUGGUGCUAUAAAUUUAAUAUGUAUUGGCUUCCUGCUCAUGUGGUGCAGCUCUACAAACAGUAUAGCUUUAACUGCUUACACAUAUUUGACAAUCUUUGACCUUUUCAGUUUGAUAACAUGUCUAAUAAGCUACUGGGUAAUGAUGAAGAAACCCAGCCCAGUCUAUUCAUUUGGGUUUGAAAGGUUUGAAGUUCUAGCUGUAUUUGCAUCUACAGUUCUGGCACAGCUUGGUGCUCUUUUUAUACUGAAAGAAAGUGCAGAGCGAUUUCUGGAACAGCCUGAGAUACACACGGGACGAUUGCUGGUUGGUACUUUCGUGGCCCUCUUUUUCAACUUAUUUACAAUGCUUUCCAUUAGGAAUAAGCCUUUUGCUUAUGUCUCUGAAGCUGCCAGCACAAGUUGGCUUCAGGAGCAUGUUGCAGAUCUUAGUAGAAGUAUUUGUGGAAUCAUCCCAGGAUUAAGUAGCAUCUUUCUGCCACGGAUGAACCCUUUUGUCUUGAUUGAUAUUGCUGGAGCUCUAGCUCUUUGCAUUACAUAUAUGCUCAUCGAAAUCAACAAUUAUUUUGCUGUAGACACAGCCUCUGCUAUAGCAAUUGCUUUGAUGACGUUUGGUACCAUGUAUCCCAUGAGUGUCUACAGUGGGAAAGUACUACUCCAGACAACCCCACCUCAUGUGAUUGGCCAGUUAGAUAAACUUCUUAGAGAGGUUUCAACUUUGGAUGGUGUAUUGGAAGUUCGAAAUGAGCACUUCUGGACAUUAGGUUUUGGCACUUUGGCUGGAUCAGUACAUGUCCGAAUUCGGAGAGAUGCAAAUGAACAAAUGGUACUUGCUCAUGUCACUAACAGAUUAUACACAUUGGUCUCUACUUUGACCGUUCAGAUUUUCAAAGAUGACUGGAUCAGACCUACCUUAUCAUCUGUGCCUAUUGCAAACAAUAUUCUGAACCUUUCGGAUCAUCAUGUUAUUCCAAUGCCAUCUCUGAAAGCUGCUGAUAACUUGAACCCUGUUACGUCCACUCCAGCUAAGCCCAGCAGCCCACCGCCAGAAUUUUCUUUUAACACACCAGGCAAAAAUGUGAGUCCAGUCAUCCUUUUAAACACUCAGACAAAGCCCUAUGGACUGGGCUUUAAUCAUGGAUCCACACCCUACAGCAGUGUACUCAAUCAAGGACUUGGAAUACCGGGGAUGGGAGCAGCUCAAGGAUUCAGGACUGGUUUCACAAAUGUCCCAAGCAGAUAUGGAACAAACGCUCGUGGUCAGCCCCGACCAUAAUAAACACCAUUAUUUAUUGUACUUAAGGGUAUUGACUUAAUUCUUUUAUUACCCAAUUUUUAUGAACAUUUGGAAUGUCAGAUCAUUCUAAAUGGCUGGGAACAAGUGCAUUGUUCAUAUUCAUGAAAUGGUUAAAUUGCAGCUUUUCUCUUCGCAUCAGCCUGUGUAAUGCCACAGAUAUUUUCCAGACUUAUGAUACUUUACAAGUGGUUUUUAUAGGAUGUCUGUUUCUACUCAUCUUUUUAUCCACUUUUCUUCAUUCAUCCAAGAAUGUAUUGAGACAUAGCACAACUCCGUAAGAGAGUAGAAUUGUGACCAGGUAGCAUUUUUUUUCUAAUGAGAAUUGCUUACUGAAUGCUGAAUAGCUGAGAGAAUAGGAAAUGGCAGAAAUACAAGUCCCAAUUCUCAGAGAUGUUUUGAUUGCUGUAUUAAGCCAUCUUUUGGCAACGUCACAAUUAGUUUUUGGUUGCAGAAAUCCAUCAGUAUUCAUAUUGUGGCCAUUGUGAAGACAAUCUGGCAUUUCAGAUUGUAAUUAAUUUUGUAAGACCAUGUUUUUACAUUUUUAUUGAUGCCUUUAUAGAAAUUCAGAUGGUUCAGCAACCAUUUUCUAGUUGUAAGUAUUUCAUAUUCAUCUCUGAUAUUUCUUCAUUUUUGGUUUAACUGCAAAAUUAUCUAGCAAUAUACUGGGAAAUAAAAUAUUUAAAAC